GUCUCUCGCACCCUUCCUCACUGCUCUCGCUUUCGCCCGCAUCCGCGCUCCGCCCUCGCGAUGCCGUCGCCGUCGCCCUCCACGGCCGCGGCCGCGGCCGCCGGAGCGCCUCUCCGUCGCCGCCCAUGCGCGCCGCGCCGCCGCACCCCAGCCUCUUGCUCCCUCCCCUCCCGCGCGCUCGUCAAAUUCGCGCCGGCCCCGAUGCUCGCCCACACCCACAGGCCCCGGCCGUGCCUGGCGGUGGCGAGGGCGGCGAGCGCCGACGCCGCCACCGGAGCUAAGUCGCCCGUCUCCGGCGGCCAGAUGCUGGUGUUCGUUCCGCCGCACCCGCUGAUAAAGCACUGGGUCUCCGUCCUGCGCAACGAGCAGACGCCCUGCGCCGUCUUCAGGAGUGCUAUGGCAGAGCUUGGUCGUCUGCUCGUAUACGAAGCCUCCAGGGACUGGCUGCCUACAAUCACAGGAGAGAUCCAAACACCUGUAGCUGUUUCAAGUGUUGAAUUUAUUGAUCCAAGGGAGCCGGUUAUGGUUGUUCCCAUUCUGAGAGCUGGUCUUGCUCUAGCUGAAAAUGUUUCAUCUGUACUGCCAGCCACCAAGACUUAUCACCUUGGACUACGUAGGGACGAAGAAACACUUCAACCUUCAAUAUAUCUCAACAACUUACCAGAUAAGAUUCCAGAAGGAACCCGUGUGCUAGUUGUUGAUCCAAUGUUGGCCACUGGUGGGACGAUCGUUGCUGCUAUAGACUUGUUGGUUGAACGUGGGGUUACAAGCAAACAAAUUAAAGUUAUAUCAGCUGUUGCAGCACCUCCUGCACUAACAAAGCUCAGCAACAAGUUCCCUGGGCUCCAUGUGUAUGCAGGAAUGAUCGAUUCUGAAGUAGAUGAGAAGGGGUACUGUUUUAACCUUCCGUUAUUCAAGCUAAUGCAUCGGGUUAGUAGGUCAGGCAAGCGAUCCAAUGAAGCAAUGACUAACAUUGUUCAUCUGUACCAACAGGUACAUAGUUCCGGGGUUGGGAGAUGCUGGUGAUAGAAGCUUUGCUACAUAAUCAGACACUUCAGUUUUGACGCGGACAGUACCAGCGAGAAUCGUAUAUGCUAAUUUUUUGAGGAUUGCCUUACUGGAGUACUUAAGAGUUACGAUUGUAUUCCCUUAUUCCAGACUUUUGUCCUUCUCGGUAACAUUACUUUCGAUUAUUAUCACUUUGUAAUUAUCCAUUUUGUAUGGUUAUAAUAUAUAUGACUAACUCUGACGUCUCUCCUGAAGAACAAUUUGUUUCUUAA